AAUGACCUUAUCGCCUAAAAUAAUAAGUCGAAGGAUUUUCAAACCUUAUUUGGGUGGAUGGCGACACAAAAUUACUGGAAUAGAAUACCUAAACGCAGCUUCGCAAACUGGACCUCUUCGAAAGUCGUGGAAGACUACAUGCAGCAGAUCGGUGCAAUGUGUGGAAACGAAAGACGGAACAACACAAUCCUUGCGUCAUUGUGUAACGCAAAUGUGGCGAGACGACUGUUAUAUACCUAGUGAAGAGGAUAAAUAUAUGAUUGUCAAGCCUUAUAAGAGUUAUGCCGAAGUGCGAGCUUAUUUAGAUAGGCACGCACGUAUAAUUCAGAGAAAUUAUCGGGCAUAUAGAUUAAAGAAAUACAUCAAGGAAUGCGUGGAAGUUUAUCGCAACCUGCUUGAAAAUUGCAACAAAUAUGAGGAAGAGAAAAUAAUGGCAUACGAAAUGCGACAUAAGCAGAACAUUCUUCGCCAAACUUUUCCGCGAUCGAGGACUGACUUUGGCAUGCUCUAUAGCCUGAUCGAAAGAUGGAGGUCCGAUUGUAUAAAGGACAUAAAAUCGCGAUUGUUCAAAGGCGGUCAGCGUGCCGAGAAUUACAGAAUUCUGGAAAAGACGGUGGAGAUGUUCAAUCAAGUCGACAAACAUAAACAAGCUAUCAAAAGCUCGUAUAGGAAACAAAAAGUUCUCAGAUUUUUGGCGCUGAAUUGCAAGUCGAUACGAUGGACCGGUUACAAGGGUAAACUCGUAGAGAUGAUCACUCUGAAAAUUCAAAAGGCUCGGGAAUUUAAAGAACUCUAUAACGCAUUGAGUAACCGCAAUGUUAGUUCAGAGGAACGGAUAAAGUUAUUAAUAAUGUUAAGAAAAUUGCUCGAACCACACAAUUGUAUCGAAGCUUUUGAUUUGAUCUCUUUAUUAGAUCAAGAGAUCGCAUUGUUAAAUCGAAGGAUCGAGGGUUUAUCGCUCGAUUAUUUAAAUGAGAGGAUAAUGCACACUUACUUAAAUUUUGUGAGCAUGUAUAGCACGUGCGGCUGCAAAUGUGUCGAUGCAGAUCCUAAAGAUAAUGAAUUACGAGAACCUUUUGAAACAAGAAUGAAAUUAUGUCGGAAUUGUUUAAAACUACUUCCUUUCCACAGAUUUUUAUCACAUACGAGAAUGAAAAAACUAUCAGUUUGUAUCCGUUGCAGAUCUCUAGCUCAGCGUAAUAUCGCGCAUGUCGAUUACGAUUCUUACAUGUUUAUAUUAAAUUGUGUGCGAGCUGAGGAAGAACGUCGAAGCUCCACCUCCCUUUUGGCGUUUAUGAUGCAAGAACACGAUAUUUAUCAUCUAGUUAAUCAUAUUUGGCAGGGUAAAUCAGCGAUCAGCAAGAUUAAAGAUCUUUUUGUUCUGAGAUUGGUCAGAUAUCAAAAGGAUGUCGAAUGGGCGCCUUGGAAUUGUAUUCUUCUUACGGAGGAUGAAGCCGAAGUACAUUAUCACAUUCGUGAUCUCGCUACGAUGUAUUCGAAGCACUUGAUAAGCCAGAUCAGUUUGAAACAUCAGAUUGCAAAGAAUUAUUUCAAACAGUUGAUAAUUUUUGAAAAAGAUUUCCGAGAAUCUAGUCGCUACUCUAGUACUCAAAAUGGAAUACAAUAUAAACCACCGUUAACUGUAGAAAAUUACGAUCCAUCUCAAAAAUACAAGCAACGACAAGAAAUUGUGUAACAUAAUGUUUUGUGAGAAUAAACAUCAAUU